GGGGAGUGAGCUGCGAGUCUGGUGCUGUGUGCCCGUUCAUGUUGUGUUGGUUUGCCUGGGAAAUACUCACAGCAUGGACUUCCCUUGCCAGCAACAAGAUGAGGGUGGCAGAAGCACCAUGGCAUGCAAGUGGAGCCUGGCAGAGGCUCAGCAGAAACUGAACAGUUUGGCUCUUCAUAAUUCUGAGUCCAUAGAUCAAGAAUAUGCCAAAACUCAAACUGAACUGUCAGAACUACAGCGUAGUGAAGAAGAAUGGAGGCGGAAGGAAGCAGCUCUGCCACUGGGUGAGAACUGGGGAAUGUCUUCUUCGGAUGCCUUUAGUCAAGAUGUAUUUAAUAAGAGCUUUAUCAAUCAAGCUAAAACCAGUGAGGAGGAAAACCAAUCGCAGUCAUUUUUACAAAAAUUUGAAGAUAAAAUUCGACAUUUUGGAAUGCUCAGCAGAUGGAAUGAUAGCCAGUGGUUCCUGUCUGAAUACCCAGACCUGGUGUGUAAUGAAACUGCUAGAUAUCUCCUGUUGUGGUGUUACCAUUUAGAAAGUGAGCAGAAGAAAGCACUCAUGGAGCAAGUUGCCCAUCAAGCCGUUGUCAUGCAGUUUAUUAUUGAAAUGGCAAGAAGCAGUAAUGCAGAUCCAAGGGGAUGUUUCCGCCUGUUUUUCCAAAAAGCUAAAGCAGAGGAAGAAGGGUACAUUGAAGCUUUUAAAAGUGAGCUUGAAGCAUUUAAAUCAAGAGUUCGAAUGCACACUGAGCCCCAAUGGUCUGUGAAUUUACAGAAUCAUCCUCCUGGCUUUGAACAAAUUGCUACACCAUGCUUUAAUACACAGAAUGUUCCACAUUGCCAUAUGGAUCCAGAUCCACACCAUUUUGUCCCAGUGAAACCAACAGAGGAAGAUGAUGCAAAGAUGAUGGAUAUACAAUAAAGUACCAUUAAGCACUUGAGCCAAUAUCGCUACAGGAACUAGUGUGGCUGUGUUCCUACUAGUGACAUUUACUACUACAGAAUGCUGCACUUUAUUUAUUUUUUCCUUCGGUGGGUCAAUGCCCAAUAAGUUUGUGGUGUCUUAUAGUGUGAACAUUUUGCUGCUAUUUUUCCAUGUCAAACAGGAAAAUUGAACUGAAUUCAAUGCUUCUGCCAAUAGUAGCUUUGCCUUCAACCUAUGCCUUGAUUUUUAUGAGGAAUAGUAUUACAAACUUGAAUACAGAACAACAGUACUAUUGACAUUAUCAAUGGAGGAUUGACUCCUUGGAACCUUUGUAUUCCACUAUACACACGAUUCUUCUA